UUAUUAUUAAUUUAUCGAGUAUAAAUCUAAUGAGGUUUUAGUGGAGUUAAAAGAAAACAACCCCCUUCUUCAUCGUCGAGUUGAGAAGAAUGUCAAAGCGGGAGCGUGGAGUGAAGAUGAAGAGCACUAACAAUCCCCUUCUUCAUAAUCCUUCAGAAUCUUCUGCACCUGGAAUUGUGAAUCAUCAGCAAGUUGAUAUACAUGUUCCUGCAAAUCAAAAGCUAAAAGGCAUCCAUGUUCCUGGAGAAACACAGAAUUUGUAUCAAAACUGCUCGUUGUCUAAAAAUGUUCCUCGACUCCAAAAAUCAAAGGAGGGACUACAAAAUUCUGUGACUGAUCAGGAAAGGAAUCAUACAGAACUCCCAAGUUGGUCCCAGUUCAGAUCACGAUCACGGCCAUCAACACAAAAAAGUAAGGUGACAGCUGAUACAACCCAUUCUGAAGUCAUCCCAGAGCAAGCUUCUUGUUUUUCGCAGUUCAAACCACAAUCACAUUCACAAAAAAGAACGAAAAGUAAGAUAACAGCUAAUACAACAGAUUCUGAAGUUAUUACACAGCAAGCGUCUUGUUUUUUGCAGUCCAAACCACGACCACAUCCACGAAAAAGAAAGAAAAAUAAGAUAACAGCUAAUACAACGGAUUCUGAAGCUAUCCAACAGCAAGCUUCUUGUUGUUCGCAGAUCAAACCACGACCACAUUCACGAAAAAGAUCAAAAAGUAGGAUAACAGCUGAUUCAACGGAUUCUGAAGUUAUCCCACUGCGUGCUUCUCGUUGUCAUGGUCAAUCAAGGAGGAACAACAGUCAAAAGGGGUUAGGCUCAUCAAAAUUUGAGCUUUACUUGGAGAGCAUAUGGAAAUUGCAUCCGGAAGAUAGGAGAAACACAUUUACGUACCUUGACAGCUUGUGGUUCUCCUUGUACUCGGAACGUUCUCACAAAGCUAAGGUGUUGAACUGGAUUGCGAAAAAGAAGAUAUUCUCAAAAGAGUAUGUUUUUGUUCCCAUUGUUCUCUGGGGUCACUGGAGUCUCCUGAUCUUUUGUCACCUUGGUGAAAGUUUACAAUCUAAAGAAAGAAGUCCUUGUAUGUUGUUGCUUGAUUCUUUGCACAUGGCGAACCCCGAGAGAUUUGACCCUGGGAUCAGAAAAUUUGUUAUAGACCUAUUCAAGGCAGAACAGAGGCCAGAGACAAAGGACCAGAUCAUGAAAAUCCCUCUAAUGAUUCCAAAGGUUCCGCAGCAGCAAAAUGAUGAAGACUGUGGCAAUUUUGUCUUGUACUAUAUAAACCUCUUCUUAGAGAGUGCUCCUGAAAAUUUCAGCAUUUCAAAGGGAUACCCAUACUUUAUGACAGAAGACUGGUUUACUCCUGAACGGUUGGAAUGUUUUCUCCAAGAAGUGCAAUCGGCUUCUGGAAGUACUUCUGAUUCUGAUGAAUGCUUCCUAGAUGACGGAGAUGUAGUGUGUAUAGAUCCCUAGCUAGCUUUGCCAGUGACAUAGCAUUUGUGCAGGAUUUUAAGGCUUAUUUUGGUUUAGGUUUUUGGACAAUGGUGGAUAUGAUUAAUUAAGGCUCAAAUUGAUGUUUAUUUUGUAUUUUUGUUAAUUAUGGUCGGCAUAGCUAUAGUGUAAAUAUACAUGUCCUCUUUAAAUUCCUGUUUCACUUUU